AAUGCAAGCUGAGCGCUUGUCCGAGACGCAUCCGGGCGAAAUCGACUUUAGUCGAGAGCGAUCGCUCACACGUUUUUCUCGAAGAAGUUUCAGCGCGAAAGAGAGGAGAGGUCCAAUCGACGAUUUCCUGGUGAUAAAAAAUAUCAAAUUGCGGUGUCCGAUCGACGCGAAAAAUUCGCGCGAAUAUAAUAAUUGAGUGGAAAUCAAUGAGGAAAGAUGGCAGGAUAUGUCAAUCUUGGUGCGUCCUUUAUUGUCCUCCUCUUGGUGGUCCACCUGGAGCAGCUGAUCCUGCACAAACGAGCGGCGGUUGUCGAGGGAAGAAUGGAAGCUCAGUUCAAGAAAUGUUGCGAUCUGGGCACUUCUUGGGCCCAGGAGGGCCUUAGGUGUGAAAAGUUUACCGGGCCGGUGGCCGGAGUGCCGAGGGUGGAGCAAGGUCUUUGCCUGGAAGCCGUAGACAUCUGUUGCAUUCGAGCCUACCACGAGCUGGAAUGCGAGAGGGGAAAAGCCGACGCGCGUCAAGGUCUCGCGUGCGUAACAAGCACGAACGCCAAGUCGAGGACGUCCGGCCGCAGCGAUCAUCAUCGCGACUGUUGCGAGGGCUGCAAGCUAGGUAUCCUCACGGGAUCUAUGGGUCAAGGAUGCUCCUUCAAGAGUUUUUCGUUUGGUAUACCAUGGGAUCCCGCGUUCUUGGAGUGCUGUCGUGAAGCGUCGCCAAGCUCGACGACGGAUCUUACGAGCGAAUCAUCGAGCGAAAGCACCGAAACUGAUCUGGAUUUCUCGUCGUCCUCGUCAUCGCCAUCGCCAUCAUCGCCAUCAUCAUCAUUAUCGCCAUCGUCGCCGUAUUCGACGUCGCCAUCACCAUCAUCGUCUUCAUCUUCUUCACCAACAUCGCCUUCAUUCUCACUGUCGGAUGAUGCAUCCGCUACGGCGUCGGAAACCACAUUCUCGAUACCAACUCCAGAGUUGGACGAUAUCUGUCGUCUCAUGAAAGGCAUGCUCUGCUCUGACAUUUGCGUACCGACGCCGGGCUCGUAUUAUUGCAAAUGCCGUGACGGCUUCACUUUGUUGGAGGACGGGAAGACUUGCAGGCAAGAUCUGCCGACUGACAGAUGCAAAUCGACUCACCCCUGCGAACAACGAUGCACCGACAAUGGGGUGGCUGUUAUAUGCAGCUGUAAUCCAGGAUACGAUUUGGCUAAUGACGGACGUUCGUGUAUUCCAAAGUCGCCCAAGGAUAAUAAGAAACCAGACGCAGACGCAGACGAGGAUAAUGAAUUGUCGCCGUUGUGUCCAUCGGGUUAUCGUUAUAAUGCCACUAAUCAGGUGUGCGAUGACGUGGACGAAUGUCUGGAGCGCGACGUGUGCCUCGGCGGUAGAUGCCAAAACACCAUAGGAUCGUACGUCUGCAUCUCGACGAGAUCUGCCAAAAAUGCACCCUACGAAUCUUGUCCUCCGGGCUACCAAUGGGAGCUACGUACAGGUGUAUGCGUAGAUAUCGACGAGUGCACCGUUUUAUCGGACGCUUGUGCCGCUGAUAAGCCGUUUUGCGUCAAUACGCAAGGUAGUUACACAUGUCUGGAGAUGACCGGGGUGAAAUCUUGCCCCGCGGGAUUCAAGUUUGACAGAUCGUUGCAGCAAUGCAGAGAUGUGGACGAGUGCGUGGAGGCUAUUCACAGCUGUCUGGCAGAUGUUGAGCAAUGUCGAAACACCGAGGGUGCUUACGAGUGUGACAUAAAGUGCGAGGAAGGAUUCACGUACAGUAUCGGGUUGGGUGUUUGUGUCGACGUAGACGAGUGCAUCGAGUCGAACAAUCCUUGUCCCGAUACCAACACGAUAUGCGUUAAUACAGAGGGUGCGUAUAAGUGUAUGAAAUCUCUCUCUUUGGCGAAUCUACUUCCGCUUCCGCCAAUCGAGAAAAAUCUCACAAAGGAUCUUGCCACUCGCCAAAAGGACAUGCGACGGACUUGUUCCGCAGGGUAUAAACCAGCAAACGACUCCGGAAUGACAUGCAUCGACGUCGACGAGUGCAAUGAACAAUUGCACUCUUGCGAGCAGGACGAGCGUUGCGUUAACGAGCUCGGUAGUUACAGAUGCGUACCAGUUGAAAAUAGCAAGAAUACAUCCACUAUGGAAAGCGACAAUCAACGCGAUGAUCGACGUAGCCAGGGAUACAAGUCGGAAGGAACGAGCGUUGUAUCGCCGGUCGUGAACGAGAUUGAAAACUGCAACAGCGGCUACUUUUUUGAUGGAAAAUCUCGCCGCUGCAUCGACGUCGACGAAUGCGUCAACGGGAUAGCGGCAUGUGGAAUAGGCGAGCGUUGCAUCAACACUCAGGGCGGUUACCGAUGUUCUCCGGCUUGUCCAUCCGGUUUCCGGGCGCGCAACGAUUCCCGAUUCUCCGUCGAUGAGGUCGAAAAAUCUUGCGAGGACGUGGACGAAUGCACGCUCGGCCUGCACACCUGCAACACGUUGACUCAUUAUUGCCUUAAUACUAACGGCUCCUACGUUUGCGAAGCGUUCACCACUACUACCACCACCACCACUACUACUACUACCAAGCCUACCACGGCCGAUAGCACAAUAGCAAGGAGACCGUACAUCGGUUUACGCAACAAAAAAAUACACGUGUCCAGAAGUAGUCCCAGCAAAGAUCGUUAUUGGUCCACGGAACCGUGUAGACUGGGAUACAAAAGAGACGCGAACACGGGCUAUUGCGUGGACAUAGACGAAUGUGCGGUUGGUCCAGGAUGUCGUGAUCACGAGAGAUGCACGAAUACGCCAGGAGGUUACGAUUGCUCGCCCCUCUGCAGCGCCGGCUGGUAUUUUAGCACGACGACGAGGGGCUGUCAGGACGUGGACGAAUGUCUGUUAGGUCGGCACGAUUGUCCUCAGAGUACGCACAGAUGCAUCAACACCAACGGAUCCUUCGUCUGUGAAUUGAUUCCGCCCUGCAGCCGCGGCUUCAGACGAGCCUUCAAUGGCACCUGUUUGGACGUCGACGAGUGCUCCGAGAAUUUGCACAACUGUCGGCUUGAUUUGCAUCAAUAUUGCAUUAACAAAGAAGGCGGCUUCGAGUGUUUAACCAGGCUGCCCUCCUGCCCGUCCGGAUACCAAUAUUCUUUGGGCACUCGACAAUGCGAGGACGUCGACGAAUGCUUGACCGGGCAAUACAAUUGUGAUGCAAAGUUCUCCGAGAGAUGUGUCAAUCUGCCGGGUUCAUACAGGUGCGAAAGAUCUCCUCCUCCUCGUCAACGUCAACGGCCUGCUUGUCCUUCCGGCUAUCGGUAUCACACUCGCUUUCGCAUGUGCACAGAUGUGGAUGAGUGCGCAGAGGGACUGGACUCGUGUGGCGACGAAAUCUGCUACAACCAACCGGGUGGUUACAGCUGCGCGAAGCCGCCUGUCCCUAUCACCAGGAAACCGACCACGACUGCGAUGCCGGCGCCGGCGAACCAAAAAUGUAUGGACGGCACCAAGUUCGUGAGAAACCGCGGCUGCGUCGACAUCAACGAGUGCAGGGAACUCGAGGAUGCUUGCAGUAGCAACGAAGAAUGCGUCAACACCAUGGGCAGCUACGUAUGCACCUGCAAGACCGGUUUCAGGCGUGAUAAUCUCACGCAGGCUUGUGUCGAUAUUAACGAGUGUCAAUUGCAGGAAAACGACUGUCUGCCGACGCAGCGAUGCGACAACACGAUCGGCAGUUACACGUGCACGCGUUUCCUGCCGUGUGGCACCGGCUAUACCUUGAACGCCGCAACCGAGAUCUGCGAAGAUGACGACGAAUGCGUUCUUGGUACCCACGAUUGCGGACCUGGUUAUCAAUGCAGGAACACCCUGGGCUCGUAUCGCUGCGAUCGUAUUCCGCGUAUAUCGACUCCGCAAGCACGCAUACCGACUCCGCAGGCACGUACAUCGCCGAUGACGACGGCGCGGAUCACUUCAACGACGACGCCAAACACGACUGGUCCUUGGACGAAUUGUCCGCGCGGCUUCGAGUCCGGCUCAGGUGGCAAGUGUAUGGAUAUAGAUGAGUGCCAGAUAACGCCGAAUCCUUGCGGCAGAUCUAUGCAAAUGUGCAUCAACACUCUGGGAUCCUAUAGAUGCGCGUCCAGAGUAAUUUGCGGACCCGGUUAUACCCUGGACCCCGUGUCUGGACAAUAUUGCGUCGAUGUGGACGAGUGUCGGGAGGAAACGCACGAGUGCGGCAAAGGACAAACCUGCGAGAACAGACAGGGCGGAUAUCACUGCAUCUGUCCGUCCGGUCACGCGUCCGGGCCCAACAACGACUGCGUCGACAUCGAUGAGUGUAGCAUUUACGGUAGCGGAAUUUGCGGAUCAAAUAGUCGCUGUGAAAAUACCGUUGGCUCUUACAAGUGCUUAUGCGACAAGGGCUUUGAGAACGUCGGGGGUGCCGCUGGUGCUUGCCAAGAUAUCGACGAGUGUGAGCGAACAGCAGGGCUCUGUCAGCACGUGUGCAUGAAUGUUUGGGGCAGCUAUAGAUGCGGAUGCGAAGCCGGAUUCAGAUUAAAUGCCGACAAUCGAACCUGCAACGACAUUGACGAGUGCACGGAAUUCAAGGACGACAAUCUCUGCAUCGGCAUCUGCGAGAACACGCCGGGUAGUUACGCGUGCAAGUGUCCCGAUGGAUAUAGACUCGGCAUCGACGGUCGAGCUUGUCAAGAUAUUGACGAGUGCGCGACCGGUCAGGUCUGCAAGGGACCGGAUGAGAUGUGCCAGAAUACCCGCGGUAGCUACCGUUGCAAUCGAAUAAACUGUCCCUCGGGAUAUCAGCGGGACACUACGAGGAAAAACCGCUGCGUACGCUCCUCAAGAUAUUGCCGUGUAAAUGACCUGGCUUGCCUUCGGUCACCCUCGCAUUAUUCCUACAACUUCAUCACCUUCGUGAGCAUGCUGCCCCUUCCGCCGACCGGUCGACUGGAACUAUUCACCAUGAGAGGAAGCUAUCAGCCCGAUUCGACGGUACAAUUCACCAUGGCGUUGGUGGACGUGCGCGCACCACCAGGUAUCACGCGCGCCACAGAGUCCUGUUUCUCCUUGAAGAGACCGGCGCCGUCUCAGGCGGUCCUGGUGCUGACGCGCAGCAUCCCGGGACCACAGGAGAUCGAGCUGGAUCUCAGUAUGGAGAUCUAUCACAAUGCCGUGUUCAUGGGGAGCGCCGUCGCCAAGAUCUUCAUCUUAGUCUCGCAAUACGAAUUCUGAGGAAGGAUUCUUUGAAUAAAGGAAAUAUAACAACUUAACAUUUCAAACGAUAUAUAUAUUUAAGCACUUAAUGUACGAAUUUUUUAUUGUUUGCUCGUUUUUAGAGAAGAAAAAGAAACAUUAAAAUAAAUAUCUCGUACUAGUAUUUCAAUAGUAGAUGUGUAUAAAAAAACAAAUUAAAUGUACAUAUAAAUUCUUGUAAGUUACAUGUAAGGGACUUGGAAUAAACUUACGUUAGAUGUAGCAUAUGAAAUUUCCAAGAACACAUUUUGAUGCUUUAUCAAAAUCGUAGCUUUAUUAAAUGUUUCACUAGCAAGAUUCUUUUUCCUCUAACUUAGACAAUUUGCUGUUGCGUAAAGUCCGAAACAACGGCUAUUGCUUCGAAUCAAAUGCUUCGUUUCUCCUUUUCACAGAGGAGGAAUAAAGCAACAACUCUGAGAUCCUUAGUGUUAAUUGCCGCUUAGUUGCAUGAGACGCGUGUAACGCGCGUGUAAUGCGAUGUAAAAAAAACACCUUGAUAAAAAAUAAAAUAUUAUAAUAUCACUGCGCUCUUUACAUGUGACGACAACAAUCGUCGUCGUAUUGAAUGCAAAUAACAAACUCACCUGCGAUGCAGCGGAUUGCUAUUAUUACUAGUAAAUAAUUAAUAAUUGUGCUAAAGAUAAAAUUUCGGCUGUCGUUAUCGUGACGCAUAAUACCGUCGAUAGCGAACAAUAGCGCGAUAUCAUAAUAUAAUCGUUAAUAAAAUAAUAUUUAUAUUUAUAUAAUAAUAAUAUAAUAACAAUGAUAAUCUAAGUAGCUAGUAAUAACGCUAUAAUAAUGCUAUAUUAAUAUAUAUAUAUGAUAACAAGAAGUAAAACAAUUCAGGCGGGACGCUUUGCGUACACCACACCGGAAAAAUGCAUAUGAUAAGAUAUCGAUCUCAUCGCUCGGAAAUUUCUUCGACAUCGCGCGCGUGGGCGAUACGAAGAGACGUGAUACAAUGUUAUUUGGAAAUUUCAUCGACGGUAUAUAUGCCUGGGAGUGUCACUGAUACAACGAUUAAUAAUAAUUAAUUUGUGUAGCGGUUUCACGUAAGUGUAUUCUCCUAAUUAAUUCGAGAUGCAUUUUAAUGCGGUAAGAAGAUUAAGUAUCAACGUCCGCGAAGACAAAUUCCAAAGCUGGACGCAGCCCGUCUGUUCAAGAAGGCACACCCCACGAGAAACUUUCACAAACUUCUAUCUAUCAGCGACAAUAAACUUUCAACAAGCGUACGCGCAAAUAAUAUAUAAAUAGCGUGUAUUAACUAUUAAACAGCCUGGAUGCAGCAGCAACGCGUUACCACGGUGUAACAACGAUGGCAGUGACACUUGUCGCUCGUCUUAAAACUAGAAAAGUGGAAAAAGGAGCGUGACUAGGAUUUGCUAAGAAUUUUCCGAGGCUUUUCGUACCCUCGCACCGAAUAACACAUACAUGUACACACAUACACAUACACACACAGCAAGAUGUAUUUUGUGUUGGUCUUAAGUACCCGAUGACAAACCGUAUCAAAAGAUACGCAUAGGAGAUUUCUUCUUAUUACACAACAUACGAUAACACUGUACGAAAUUAGGAUUCGAUUUCAAAUUCAUGAAAAAAAAAAUCUGCCUUUAAAAGAUAACGCAAUAGAGACACACCCUAUACACCUAUUUAGCUACUGUUGGACUUUGCUAAUCUUGUUGACAAUCCUCUCUCUAGUUCUCUUUCAACUUUUGCAAUGCACACACACAAUUAUCGCACGUCAGAUCUAUAACGAUUGCGAAAAUUAUUUUUCAAACAACCCGAUAAUCCAAAAUAUGUCUCGAGAGAUUAAAAAAAAAAAAAAAAAAAAAAAAAAAA